AUGUCGACGCCUGCUAACAAGUUCCUCCCCAGCCCCAAGACCGCCGCGAUUGUUGGAUGCCCGUUCAGGGGUGGACAGCCUAAACUCGGCGUCGACAAGGGUCCCAUCCAUCUCGUCGAGGCCGGUCUCGUAUCCCAGCUCGAGGAGCUCGGUUGGAAGGUCCAGUUUGACGGUCACCACCAGUUCGAGUCGCUCGCGGCAGAGAGCGACCCUCCGAUCGGCAAGCUCAAAAACCCGCGCCUCGUCUCGAAGGUGUGCGAGUCUGUCGCACAGGCUGUUGGCGGACAUGCCAAGGCUGGUCAGCUCCCCGUCACCCUCGGUGGGGACCACUCUCUUGCUAUGGGCACUAUUUCUGGGACGCUUGACGCGUAUCCCGAUGCCUGCGUUGUCUGGGUCGACGCGCACGCCGACAUAAACACGUCAGAAACCACCGACAGCGGAAACAUCCACGGUAUGCCCGUCUCCUUCCUCAUGGGCCUCGGCGAGAAGUACUCCGAGUUCUCGUGGAUAAAGCCCGCGCUGCGCACGGACCGGAUCGUGUACAUCGGCCUGCGCGACAUCGACUCGGGCGAGAAGCGCCUCCUGCGCGAGAAUGGCAUCAAGGCAUUCAGCAUGCACGAGGUCGACCGGUACGGCAUCGGGCGCGUCGUCGAGAUGGCGCUCGACCACGUCAACCCGAAGCGCGACCGCCCGGUCCACCUCAGCUUCGACGUGGACGCGCUCGAUCCUAGUGUUGCGCCCUCGACGGGUACGCCUGUCAGAGGCGGGUUGACGUUUAGGGAGGGGCAUUAUAUUUGCGAGGCGAUUCAUGAGACGGGGUUGUUGGUUGCGUUGGAUUUGAUGGAGGUCAACCCUUCUCUGGCGGAUGCUGAGAGCGUGCGGCAGACUGUUGCGGUCGGGUGCUCGCUCGUGCGCUCGGCGCUCGGCGAGACGCUGCUGUGA